UCCUCCUCUUCUCCUUCGCUGACCAUGGCAAACAAAGGGCCCUCCUUCGGCCUGAGCAGAGACGUCCAGGCCAAGAUUGAGAAGAAGUACGACGAUGAGCUGGAGGAGCGGCUGGUGGAGUGGGUGGUGGCCCAGUGUGGGGCUGAUGUGGGGCGCCCCGAGCGUGGUCGGCUGGGCUUCCAGGUCUGGCUGAAGAACGGCAUUGUGCUGGGCAAGCUGGUCAACAGCCUCUAUGCAAGUGGCUCCAAACCAGUGAAGAUCCCAGACUCGCCGCCCAGCAUGGUCUUCAAGCAAAUGGAGCAAAUCGCCCAGUUCCUGAAGGCCGCCGAGGACUACGGCGUGGUCAAGACGGACAUCUUCCAGACGGUGGACUUGUUUGAAGCCAAGGACAUGGCUGCGGUGCAGAGGACGCUGGUGGCCUUGGGAAGCUUGGCCGUCACCAAGGACGAUGGGAACUAUCGCGGAGACCCUUCCUGGUUCAUGAAGAAAGCCCAGGAGCACAAGCGCGACUUCUCAGACAAGCAGCUGAAGGAAGGAAAGAACAUCAUCGGUCUGCAAAUGGGGUCCAACCAGGGGGCUUCGCAGUCGGGCAUGACGGGCUACGGGCGGCCAAGGCAGAUCAUCAGCUAAGGCCGACUCUGGACCCCCAGAAGACCCCCAACGCAGCCUGCCCAUGACCCUCCUCCUUUCCUUCCUUUUUCCUUCCUUCUGCGCUUCCUCUCUUUCUUCUUUACAUUCCCUUUCAUCCUUCCUCCCU